AUGGCACAGACGUGCGAACGACUUGGGGCGUUUGUGGCGUUGCUCGCAUUUUGUUUCAGCGGCUCUCUAUCCCUGGUUGCAAUUUUUACUAGCCAUUGGUUUGAUGCGACCGUACUUACACGGAAUGGCACGCAGAUGGCUGGAGGGCACAUUAAUGCAGGGCUAUUCUGGGGCAAGCGCACUUUGGAGUCGAGUGGAGGCCUGCUGACCGAGGAUUUUAGCGUAGUUACCGAUGUUCGAAAUGGGAUCUCAUUUAUGGCGCGACCUAUCUGGGCGCUUUGUAUAUUUUUUGCAGCUCUCGGAAUGCUUUGGGUGGCUGUUGGGUGUGCUGUAGCAUUUUCCGCUACUAUUACUCGAAGACCAGAAUCGAUCGCUGGCCCUAUAGGUAUCUACCUCUGGAGUCUGCUAGCUCUUGUAAGCUUCGGAUCUUGUUUAUUAAUUUACUACGUCCAAUUUAUCGCCUCGAUGACCGAAAAUGUGUUGACAGAUUCUUAUUUGAAAACCGGUAUCAGCACAAAGGACCAAACGAGACUUGGCACGUCGUUCUAUCUCAUGUUAGCCUCAUUGGCGAUGCUCUAUUUUCCGCCGACCUUCGUUUUCUUCACGCAUCAGCAGCAGCAGAAAACUAAUCGCAUUCGGCAGUACAAAUUUUGUGAUCCAAACAUUAUGAUGUAU